AGUUCGGAGAUUAACAAAGCAAAUUCAUUUAUGAGUGGUGUUAGUCGGAGAGGAGACAACCUGUGAACAUGUCCAACACGGCAGGAGACAUAUGUGGAGGAAGUGUUGCUAAAGACAGCAGGACAGCAACAGACAGCGUGGCGUGCACGGAGAACCUAACGGAGACUGAUGCCUUCAUCAGGAGCUCUGUAGAUUUGGAUCCUGCAGAGGAGUACAAAAUGAACAACAAACGACGAGGCCUAGCACUCAUCUUCAACCAAGAGCGCUUCUUCUGGCGCUUGGGAUUAAAUGAGAGACAUGGAACCAAUGCUGACCGAUUAAACUUGGAGAAAAGACUGAGUGAGCUAAACUUCGAAGUGAAGAGUUAUGAUAACUAUAAACAGGUGGAAGUCUUAGAUAAAAUCAGUGAAGCCGCAGAGUCCGACCAUUCAGACGCAGACUGUUUUCUACUUGUCUUCCUGAGCCAUGGCGAGAACGAUCAUGUUUACACCUAUGAUGGAAAAAUUUGCAUCCAGGAUAUCACAGCCCUGUUCAAAGGAGAUAAGUGCAAGAGCCUUGUAGGAAAGCCAAAGAUCUUUAUAUUGCAGGCGUGCCGUGGAGACAAGCACGAUAAUCCAGUGACCGCCUGUGAUGAUGUGGACAGCGAGUUGAAGACCAAUGAGGUGGUGGUGGACGCCAGUGCCGUACACACCCUCCCUGCUGGGGCUGAUUUCAUCAUGUGCUACUCUGUGGCUGAAGGUUAUUAUUCCCACCGGGAGACCAUAAACGGCUCCUGGUAUGUCCAGGAUCUGUGUGAGCUGAUUCGGAAGCAUGGAAACUCGCUUGAAUUCGCAGAAUUACUCACACUGGUCAACAGGAAAGUGUCAAUGAGGAGUGUCGGGAACUGUAAUGACCGUAAUGCCAUCGGGAAGAAGCAAGUACCUUGCUUUGCUUCAAUGCUGACCAAGAAGCUCUACUUCAGACCAAAAAAGUAAACAGUUUCUGUUCAAAUGAGCUGGUUGAUCUCCAUGCCAGAGGAAACCGAACUUCCUCAUGGGAGAUUUUUUAAAGAAUUUUGCUGUUUUUCUCUAGUCUUCUACUAUAUGUUGAUCAUGAACACUAAUUUACAUAAGCAUAGAGCAAUCAGCUAAUUGUCAGCCUUUGUAUCUACAGUGAAAUCAGUGGUUACACAAUAACAGGAACAACUUGCAUUGACAUGCACUGACAUAUUGAUAUUCUUUGCCUGAGGCAAUCAUUGCAUUUCCAAACCCAGUCAUUCGUAUAAACAGUGGUUUCAUGCAUCACGUUUCUUCUGGAGAAACCAGAUUUCUUGGCAAAGUAAAACCUUGACCUGGUUUAUAACGGGUGUUUUCAGCUUUUUUGCAUUUUGAUAAAGGUAGAUGAGAAAUCUGGAGCCAGCAGCUGGUAAACACGUCGUGUUUUUCUGAUUUACUUGGUUUAUUGAACCCAUCUGAAGCCGGUUUCUCACACUAAUCCGGUUUCUUAUGCGAAUGCAAAUAUAUAAUAGACAUUGUGAUGCAAUUUAAUACAACAGACCUGCAGUAAUGCAAAGUUAGACCAGUGACUUAUCACAGCCACACAUAUGCAUUGUCUGAUAAGAAGGGAAAAAGGUUUUGAUCUUAUAAACAGUUUCAUAAUAAUUUGUCUGGUAUGCUCAACUGUUAUACUAUAUCACAGAUCUGAUCAUAUCAUUGGGCAGUUAAUACAUCGUUAAACUGAAAAUAUCCUGCCUCUAGUGUGUAUUUGUCACAACUCUCACAAGAUUGUAUGCUGCAGUGACCUAAAAACAAACAAAACCACCGCUCUAACAUAAGUUAAUAUACUUUUACAAAAUAAGACAACCUUCAUAGAAAAGAGGCAGCAUUUUACACAGCAAAUGUCAUAUAUCGGAGAGGGGUAAUAUUUGUUUUAAAUUGAUUUGAAUUAAAAUCGAAAGAGCUAAAUACAUAUUUACAUAUAUUUGCCAGUAUCUGCCGUAUUUUUUUAAUCUACCUGAUAACCAAUUUGUAUCAUUCUAACUUAUUUUGCUUAUUGUGACCCUAACUUUUGGUCUUGUUGGAUUGGAUUGCAUUAUGAUGUCAUGUUGUUCCUGUUAUAUUGUCCAGCCCCUGUAGAUCAAUACACAUGUUGCACUUUGAAGAAAUUGCUUUGAAACUAUAGGAUUAUUAUGGACCACAGAUACUUUUCUGAGCCGUUUGUCACACUUUUUCUUGAUAAAUGUUGCCUUAUCCUGCAGCUGACUUUUUUUCCCCAAGCAAGCUAAAGAGGACAGUAGAAGCUAAAAUUUUCUGGUGGCCUCGCACGGGCUUUUCUCAGACUAAACGUUGUCUCGGAGGAAGCCGGAUAUUUCAGUUCUCUUAUUUUCUUGGCUGUGCAGUCAGGUUCAGGUAUAUAUACAGGACGAAUACUAUCCAACUUACCCAUAUCUUGAGAGACAGGUGACAUAACAGCAGACAAUCAGGUACUUCUGUUUUUUAUCCACAUCAGGGUUUGUUAUCUCUCGUAACAGAUUGUCCAGGCAGCGCAUAAACAUGCUGUUUGUGUUUCGCUCCAUCAAAAAGGGAAUUCAUGUUUGUGCUGUUCUUUGUGUUGUAGCAGUUUGCAGUACUACGUUUAAUAAUGCGUAUUUGCACCCAAAAUGGCAACAAACACCAGUGUGGAAAGUACCUCAGGGUUAUUUUUUAAAAACUGUACUGUGGACUUCCUUGCUGUGUCACAUUAUCUACAACUCAGGAAAAAAAAAUGAAAUUACCAGCAUACACUGAUCCUGUAUUUUUGCAGUCUUACUGUUGUGACUUUGUAAAGUAAAAUCUGUGCUAGAUUUUUAGUGACUUUUGAGUGAUCAUGUUCCAUAAAACUUUGACUCUUUUUGUGGGAAAA